AUUUGCAGCUUGUAAGCACAGAGAGAUAUAUAUAAAUUGGAUCUUGCUCUGCGAAGAGAAUCCACAAAAUUCACAACAAGACAAGACAAUUAAUUAGAUAUAGGCCGGCCACCUCUAGUCCUACCCAAUCCUUGCUCAUUUUCACAAAAAUAUAUGAUCCCAAGACAAUAAUUACCAUAUAUUUCACCACCUUCCUUAAUAUUUCAUUUCUGAUCAAUCUUCUUCACAUCCUUUUUCUAUAUAUACACACAUAUGUUGGAUGUGUAUAUGCAUAUAGCGGUUGUAGGACUUUGAAAGAGAUUGAGAGGGAUAUAUCCAUCUGUGAGAGUCUUUGUUUUUUUUGAUCUAAACUGAGUUUGGUGUACCUGUCAAGGUUUCAAAAAAAUGGAGUUGGGGUUCAUUUGGGCGGUGUUAGUGGGCGUUUUUGGAGGUGUUUUGGGUGUGUGGUGGCUGCUUAGGAGUGUCAACUGGUGGUUGUAUGAAACAAAGUUGGGUGAUAAGCGCUUCUCUCUGCCUCCGGGUAAUUUGGGGUGGCCUUACCUUGGCAACAUGUGGUCUUUCCUCGGAGCCUUCAAGUCCAGCGAUCCUGAUUCUUUUAUCUCCAGCUAUGUUUCCAGAUUUGGACGCACAGGAAUUUAUAAGGCCUUCAUGUUUGGUAGUCCAAGUAUUAUUGUCACUACACCUGAAGUAUGCAAGAAAAUCUUAACUGAUGAUGAAAACUUCAAGCCUGGUUGGCCUAGUGCGACCAUGAAACUUAUUGGAAGAAAAUCAUUUAUUGGUAUUACAGAUGAAGAGCACAAACGAUUAAGGCGGUUAACUGCAGCACCGGUUAAUGGUCACGAGGCAUUGUCGUUGUACUUGCAAUAUAUAGAAGAUAUUGUAAAAGCUGCCUUAGAAAAAUGGUCAACAAUGGGAGAACUAGAGUUCUUAACUGAACUUCGAAAGCUCACAUUUAGGAUAAUUAUGUACGUUUUCCUAAGUUCCGAGAGUGAGAAUGUAAUGGAGACUUUGGAGAGAGAAUACACUGCACUUAACUAUGGAGUUAGAGCCAUGGCAAUCAAUAUCCCAGGAUUUGCUUAUCAUAAAGCACUUAAGGCACGAAAGAAGCUUGUUGCUGUUUUUCAAUCUAUAGUGGAUGAGAGAAGGGAGCGACGGAGGAGCCAUCUACCAACAUCGAGGAAAGACAUGAUGGAUGCUCUGAUGGAAGUUGAAGAUGAGAAAGGUAGAAGAUUGAAUGACGAGGAAAUAAUCGAUGUUCUACUAAUGUAUCUAAAUGCUGGUCAUGAAUCUUCUGGUCACAUCACAAUGUGGGCUACCCUUUUUCUUCAAGGGAAUCCUGAGUUAUUCCAAAGAGCUAAGGAAGAACAAGUGGCAAUUGUGCAUAAUAGACCACCAACACAGGAGAGGUUGAUGCUCAGGGAAGUUCGACAAAUGGAGUAUCUCUCCAAGGUAAUUGAUGAAACGCUUCGUUUGAUAACAUUUUCAUCUAUGACAUUUCGUGAGGCAAAAACAGAUAUCAACAUAUCCGGUUAUACUAUUCCCAAGGGAUGGAAAGUUUUAGUGUGGUUCAGAAGUGUUCACUUGGAUCCUGAAUCUUAUCAUGAGCCAAAGGAAUUCAAUCCUUCACGAUGGCAAGGUUUCACACCCAGAUCAGGAAGUUAUCUUCCGUUUGGAGCAGGAAGCAGGAUGUGCCCGGGAAAUGAUCUCGCGAAGCUAGAAAUAGCUGUUUUUCUCCACUACUUUCUGCUUGAUUAUGAACUUGUUCGGGUUAAUCGAAAAUGUGAAUUAAUGUACUUGCCACAUUCAAGGCCUAAAGACAAUUGCUUGGCAAGAAUCAGAAGGAUCUCGCAAGGAUGAGUGGCGGCUCAUAUUUUUGAUUCGUCAUAAGAUUUACGUAUUGUCUCAUUAGGAACAGGUUUGUCGUAUGAUGUUAGGUUCUUGUUUUGUUAGAAUUCGUUUGCUGCAUUAGGAAGAGGUUUGGUGUAUGAUUUUAGGUUCCAUUUUGUUGCAAGGAAACCUAUAUCAGGAAAAGAAGUUCUAUCCAUGUUGUUAGCUAGAAAACAUAUUUAACACCUUCAGUGUUAUGUUUUUUUUAUUUUUUUUUAUUUUUUUUUAUUUUAUUUUAUUUUAUGGUAUUGGCUCUAUGGUUGUAUGAAGAUGGUUUGUUAUCUUCAUUUUUAAAUCUGUAUAUGCUGCAUUCUUGCUUCAAAGUUAGUAAUUGCGGACUUAAAAGUAAAUAUUGUUAGCUUCAUUUUGAAAUCUGUAUUUGUUGCAUUAGUAAGUAAUUAAUGCAAUAUAUACAGGUAAGUAAUUUUGGACUUAUAGA